AUGAAGGUAACUGGAGUAGACGAGGACCGUCAACACUCCACAGAGACGAAAGGAGAGGAAAAGGCGAAGCCGAGCGGUGAGACGUAUGACGGUCGGGGCGAAAGCGGUGACGGCAAAGGAGAAAGGGGCGUACAGAUCUCUCCAGCGGCCAUGUGUGAGGACGUUACAGCAGGUAAGGUAGGGUAGAGGAGCCCGCUAAGCCAGACCAGGGGCUGAUCCGCUGCGUCUGACCGUCGGUUAAGCUGGCAUGGUCAACAAGCGGACCGCACACAGAAAUCUGUCUGUCCGUUUGGGCACCCAUUCUGCUGUCAGUCCUACUGGUACAGCUGCUCAGCGAUGGCUUUGGUGCGCCCCUUGGCGUAUCAGGAGAGCAGGUGCGCGCCGGAGACCCUGUUGUGCCUAG